AUGGUGCGAGACCAAACGCAAGUGCGACCCAAACGCAAGUGCGACAGGAACCAAACAAAACGCAAGUGCGACCCACAACGCAAGUGCGACCCAAAACGCAAGUGCGAGACCAAACGCAAGUGCGACCAAGCUUGCAACAAACGCAAGUGCGAACCCAAACGCAAGUGCGACACCAAACGCAAGUGCGACCCAAACGCAAGUGCGACCCAAACGCAAGUGCGACACCAAACGCAAGUGCGACCCAAACGCAAGUGCGACCCCAACGCAAGUGCGCAACAAACCAAAAAACGCAAGUGCGAUCCACCAAACGCAAGUGCGAUCUCCUAA